AUGGUCGCUCUUCCUUCCCGGCCUUUUCAUUGGCCGGGCGGUAUUCCUACCGAGGUCAAAGCGGACCCCAACAACGAUAUCACACCCGACGAAAUCGAGGAGCAGGCCAAAGGGUGUUUGGAAAUGAAUCUCCCUGUUAUUGACAUCUUGGAAGAGACAAAUGUGCGUGAUGAGUUUCCAUUCGGGUUUGAUGGCGCGAGAGAUGGGUGGGAGAAGGAUAUUGGAAUAUACGCUCCUGGGUAUCUGGAAAUGGAGGCUACGGGCAUGGAGGCUGACUACGAUCAUGCUCGAUUGGUUGAACCUGACGAGGCCUUCGAAAUUUGA